UUCUCCCCCUUUUUCACGUGUCAUUUUUGCAAAAUAAGCCGGUUAGAUCUGAUGCUCCGUGUGCUUAUUGGAAAUAAUCAUGGUAAUAGAAUUAAAACGGGUGUUUAUUAGUGACGAAAUUGACCCAAGAUGUGUGGAGGUCCUAAAGGAAAAUGGAAUUGAGGUUGUCAAAGAUACAAAACUACGCACAGACAAGGAGAAGUUUCUUGCUGAAAUUUCGAAAUAUGAUGGGUUGAUUGUUCGCUCAGCAACUAAAGUAACUGCAGAUGUUAUAAAUGCUGCCACUAACUUGAAGAUCAUAGGCCGAGCUGGUACAGGGGUAGACAACAUUGACUGUGAUGCCGCAACUAAACGAGGGAUAAUUGUUAUGAAUACACCAGGGGGGAACACUCUAAGUGCUGCUGAACAUACAUGUGCCUUGAUGUGCUGUUUGUCAAGAGAUAUACCAAAUGCUGUAGCAACUAUGCGAGCCGGAACAUGGGAUAGGAAGAGCUUUAUGGGAUCAGAAUUAAGCGGGAAAACUCUUGCUAUAAUCGGGCUUGGUAGAAUUGGCAAAGAAGUGGCUCUUAGAAUGCAGUCUUUUGGAAUGACGACAAUAGGUUAUGACCCUAUUAUACCAGGGUCAGUGAGUGCACAGUUUGAUACAGAAUGGAUGGAACUGGAAAAGAUCUGGCCCCUGGCUGAUUAUAUCACUGUCCAUACCCCCCUCAUACCACAAACAAGGAAUUUGAUAAACGAGGCUGUGUUUGCCAAGUGUAAGAAAGGAGUGAAGGUUGUGAACUGUGCUCGAGGUGGUAUCAUAGAUGAAGCUGCCCUAUUGAAGGCAUUGGAUGCCGGCCAGUGUGGCGGUGCAGGGUUAGAUGUCUAUGUUAAUGAGCCCCCAGAUGAUUAUACCCUAGCUAAGCACCCUAAAGUGAUCCCCACCCCUCAUCUAGGAGCUAGCACCGUUGAAGCUCAGAAACGUGUUGCCGUGGAGAUAGCUGAACAAUUUGUUGAUGUGAUGCAUGGUAGAAGUCUGUUUGGUGCAAUAAAUGCUCAUGCUAUGCAUAAUGCAUUAAGUGCCGAUACUCAGCCAUGGGUAGAUCUAGGGAGAAGUCUGGGCAGUAUAUUAGCAAGGUUAGGUGUGGAUCCCAAGAAAGGAGUCAGUAUUACUUCAUGUGGUGCUGGGUUGAAGGAUGCUGGGAGUUAUCUCGCAGCUUCGGUUCUCUCCGGUUUAUUGACUGAUGAAGGGGGAGCCGGGGACGCAGCAUUAAAUCUAGUCAGUGCCCCGGCCGUAGCCAAACAACGGGGUAUACAGGUUGAAAGUAAGUAUGAAGUGAACAAGGAAGCUCAGUACAGUCAGAUGGUCAGUGUUUGUGCUGACGGACGGACGUUGAUAGGGACCACAUCCGGGGGCCAGGCACUUCUCAUCAGUAUCAAUGGGGCCCAAUUCUCUACCCCAGCUGUACUCAGUGGAUCAGCUAUACUGUUUCAAGCAAAGAGUGAUCCGAAAUUGCUAGCUACUGUUGCAGGUAGCCUGUCAAGCAAUGGUGCAGUAGUUACAGGUGUUUCUGUUACGGUUGAUUCCAGUGGUUCACAAUGGGGUCUUGUAUACCUGCCUUCCCCUCCACCAAAUGGACUUUUCAACAUUUCUAAAACCGUCCAAUCAGCUUUUGAGUUAGAAUUUUAACCAAUCAGAGGGCCAGAAUUUUAACCAAUCAGAGACUUGUGUCUAGGUUUAAAAAUGAGAUAAAUGAUGCAUAUUGCAUUUUUCUUAAACAGUAGCUUAAAACCACAACUUGUGUUUUUUGUUCUAAAAAAAGCAAGCAUGUAUUUAGCAUUUGUUCACCUUAAUUUUGUUUUUUAAGGACAGUAGAAUAUUGAAAUUAAAGCAAGACAAUAGUAAUUAGCUAUAAAAUGUUAAGAAAGUUAUUGUUUUCUUCCAGUAUUAAGAGUGUUAGAUAAAUUGUCUUUUUUCUUAACAAAAAAUAUAGUAAUUAGCUGUAAAAUGUUAAGAAUGGAUUUUUUCAGUAAUGAAAGUGUUAAUUAAAUAUGACUAUUUUUCUAAAGAAAUAUGCUGUAAAAAUUUCAAGAAAGGAGCUCUGGACUGAAUAAGUGAUAACUAUUAGAUUAAAGUCAAGAAAUUUUAGAAAUCAUCACAUAUUUCUAUUCACCAAUUUUACAAAUAAUUUCUCAAGAAAGAAAGGCAGGGUAGAAAUGUACAAAUAGAAUAGUAGUUUUGUUUUGUGCAGAAAAUAUGGGCAUUUUAUUAUGUGUUGUGAAAUAUUAAUCUAUAUUUUCAGGGAAAAGUAACAUGUUAGAUAAGCCAGUUUUGAAGCAUUUACAUUUUAUGUUUGUUUGACACUUGACUCUGUGUAUUACAUUUUAUUUUGAAAACCCAAUACUUUAGCUUUUAAAAUUUUGUCUUGGUCACUGUGCAAAAACGUGUUCAGAACUUUCUACGCAGUUUUUGAUUUGUGUACUUUUGUUAUCCUAUUCCAGGGUAAUGAAUACAGAGAAAAUAAAACCAGUCUUGAACGACACUGUCAUUGGUCAAUUUCAAAUAUACGCAACUCUAUCAACCAAUCAUAUUUGUUUUCAACUCAAUAAGCAAGUAAUUAACCAAUCAAAUUUCUGGUUUAUUUCAUGUCUAUGCAAGUAAUUAACCAAUCAUAUUUCUGGUUUAUAUCAACUCUAUUCAAAUAAUUGAUGGCAAAUUUCAUCUUUAUGCGCUUAAUUUACCAAUCAUAUUUCUGAUUUAUUUAAUCUCUAUGCAAAUUACUGACCAUUCAUAUUUCUGGUUUAUUUAAAUUCUAUGCAAUUAAUCGACCAAUUAUUCUUCAACUUUAUGCAAUUCAUUACCCAAUCAUAUUGUUUUGUUCUUGACUGGUUUUCCGUCUCGAGAUUUUUUUUUUUUAUUUCAAAGGUAAAUGUUAAAGAUGUUAUGUCUUCCUAUUUCACAGUUUAAUAUACAAUGUUUAAGAAUAGCUUGCAAGUGAUGAAAUAAAGGAAUAAAGAAAACAAAUUCA